AUGGAGACAUUAUUGAGGAACACCACCUGUAGCAAAGGUCACACACAUCCACCUUGGAACACCACUGGCGUCCUUCGUGUCGAAAAAUGUGAAUCAAUAUGUGGAUUCUGCCAGAAGGAGACCAAGACCGCGGCGAAUCUCCGAAAGGUAACGUCCACUCCAUCGUGGUAAAUGAGUAUGAAGCGGCGGCUAAUCGUACUUUGCCAUUAAGCACGUCGCUAUCCACAUCAAAAACGAAAGACUCAACUUGACCAUUGCGGAGGGUUCGAGUGGACGUGGAAGACUGUGUGUUGGAACCUUGCCCUUUACUCACAGUGCUACGGCUAAUUGUCAGUAGCGAAAUGCCUCAAACAUUCGAACGAGAAUCUUCCUCGGGAUCACGACUCUCCUACUUUUCCGAUGAGACAGACGCAAGUUCAUCGGCGAGAAGGAAUAAUGGACUCGCCAGAGUACGUUCCAAUCAAGGAUCAUCUGCAGACCCAUUUUCGCCUUCAGCGGUCUUGAUGUCGAUGCACCAACCCCAUUCACAAUCUGGAAUUUCCAGAUCAUAUCCAUCCUCUUCAACUUCUACACCUACUUCCCAAGGCCUCACAUCUUCCAACCACCAAUCGGUCUACAGCUACCCCUACUCCACCCCAACCACAACAUCCAUCUCCCAAAGCUCCCAACCCCCUUCCCAAGUCUACUCCGCCCUCGACGUUCACUACCCCAGCCCAGAAAAAGACCUCUUCCGCGUCCUCCGCGAGCACAACAUCAGCACCAAAACAGCCUGGACCGUGAUCCCCGCCUCGGAAGGAACUCGCGUCCUCGAAUUAUGUAAAUCCCUCUCAGUAGCACAGGAGGUUCGCGGCUCGUCACUAGCGACUGCCCCCGUACCUUGUUAUCACCGCGAGACGCUGUAUGAUGAGGAGUGGCAGGCGCACAUGAGGGAUGUGCAUGGAGUCUUCUUCCUCUGGCCCGAGACGUGGAUGAAGAGGAUUGAGGUGGUGGAUUUGGAAGCUUACGGAGGGGACAUUGGGGGGAUCAACAAUCUGAUGAUGGAGUGA